GUUUCGGCAUGACCACCCCCGCGACGGUGGGCGGAAAGGCCUUCCUCAUCGCCUACGGGCUGUUCGGCUGCGCCGGGACCAUCCUGUUCUUCAACCUCUUCCUGGAGCGCAUCAUCUCGCUGCUGGCCUUCAUCAUGCGCGCCUGCCGGGAGCACCAGCUCCGUCGCAGCGGCCUGCUGCCCGCCCCCUUCCGCCGCGACAGCCUGGCGGGCUGGAAGCCCUCGGUGUACCACGUGCUGCUCAUCCUGGGCCUGUUCGCCGUGCUGCUGUCGUGCUGCGCCUCGGCCAUGUACACCAGCGUGGAGGGCUGGGACUACGUGGACUCGCUCUACUUCUGCUUCGUCACCUUCAGCACCAUCGGCUUCGGGGACCUAGUGAGCAGCCAGCGCGCCGCCUACCGGAACCAGGGACUCUACCGCCUGGGCAACUUCCUCUUCAUCCUGCUGGGCGUGUGCUGCAUCUACUCGCUCUUCAACGUCAUCUCCAUCCUCAUCAAGCAGGUGCUCAACUGGAUGCUGCGCAAGCUGAGCUGCCGCUGCUGCGCGCGCUGCUGCCCGGCGCCCGGCGCGCCCCUGUCCGGGGAGCUCAUCUCCAUGCGCGACCUCACCGCCUCCAACAAGGUGUCGCAGGCGCUGCUGCAGAAGCAGCUGUCCGAGGCGGCCAACGGCUACCCGCGCGGCGUGUGCGCCAGCGCGCGCCAGAACGGCUUCUCGGGCGGCGUGGGCGCGCUGGGCAUCAUGAACAACCGGCUGGCCGAGACCAGCGCCUCCAGGUAGACGCGCCCCGCACGCCAGCGCCGGGGACCCUCACCGGGCGGCCGGCCUCCGGGCGUGGUUUGCUUCACUUCUCUCAGACGCUGGCGCUUUCUUACUCUUUAUCCAAUAAAUGAAACCAAAAAAAUUUUUUAAAGAAAUACUAUUUGGCCAGGCCUGAUGUUAUCAAGGGCAGGUUUUGGGGGAGCCUGUUUGCCUUGUGAGCCCCGUCUUGGCGAACCGUGGCCCCCGACAGUUCUCCAGGGAGGAAAAAGUGACAUCCCAGACCCCCACCCGGUGCAUACCCCAGCAAGGAAAAUGCCGUCCCUGGGUUUUGCAGACUGGCACUCAACCCUGUCCCCAUGCACAUAAGCAGCCAGCAACCCCAAACAAAGCAUAUGGUGCAACUUUUCAUGGCUCUGAAUUACCUCCUGAGCAUUUAGAAUCCUGGCCCAGCCUAGCAGCUUCCUUCUGGUCGUCAGAAGUGAUAUAGUCACAGUUUUGACAGGUGGGGGUGGGGAGAGCCAUAUGUUGCCUCCUGAUGUGUAUAUAUAGAACAGCCGCUACACACAGAGACUGGUGUAGUAUUAUGCAAUGAGGUGAAACAGCACCAACUUGCGGACUGUGGCAUUUCCCCCAGAUUUGGAAAUUGCAAUAGUGAGGGGCUUAGCUUUCUCAGCCUGGAGUUAGUCCACUUAGCACAGCACACAGGAGCCACUUUUAGUGGCGGGAAGCCCAGGAUGAUCUCCAGAGAGGGGCAGCCCAGGCUGCAGUAGCCCGGCUGGACUUCAGCUGGAUGCUCUCUGAGGCACCUGGCACAUCUUGAUUCCCCCAGCACAUCUUGAAUUCCCCAACCCUCCUUCCUUUCACAAGCAUCAUCCGCAGUAAUGCUUUUCAUUAUUAACCAGCAAUAUCUGAGUCUUCUCAGCCAAGAUCUUUCUUUUUGAUGUGUAUUUUUUUUUCUUAAGUACCAUUCAUCAGUUCAACUUUUUCCCCUUUUAGACAGCCUGGGGCUGCAGAGCACAGCUCCCCAGUCACCCCUUCUCCUCCUCUGAAUCAGGGCCCUGCUGACUACAUCCUUGGAGAACCGGGGCCUGUAGCACCAGGAACCCAAAGCCGCCAUCCUGCAAGUAUCAGGCAUUUGGCUUCAGAGCCCAUAAUGUGAUUGGAGUCAGGAAUGACAGAAUCCCAUUCUAAAUAUUGUUUAUCAAAUGAGUUUGUUUUCUCCAUGCAUAGUAUUGGAGGUAGAGGAAGGCAGGAGGGGGACAGACCAAUGGAUGGAAGUAAUACUAGAAUGAAAUUUUUGCUCUGCUGUACUGGCCAGC